AUGCAGACAGAGGGCUCACGAGAAAAAAAUCUAAAACAGGAAAUCUACUGGGCCACAGUGGAGAAACGCGUCGACGACGAAAUGUCUGCCGACACCAAAGUAGAAAAUUUAUCGUUUAAGGACGUGUGGGACAUGAAAUCUACUAAACAGUUUUGUAAGUAUUUGAUGGAAAACCCAGAUUUGGAAAAGCCAAAAUAUCUCGCCGAUGUCGGGUAUUUUAACAACAAUCCGAAUACUAGGAAAAGAGAUUGGGAUCGAAAAUCUUCCCACUAA